AGUGCCGGGCUGUGGCGCGCGCGGGCGGCCGGCCGAGGAGCGCAGCGCGGCGCGCGGGCCGGCGACCCCGAGAGCGCACGGCGCCCCAGCCGGCCGGCGCCGCGGGACCCCCCACCCUCGCCGGCCGCCCCUCCCCGGGCGCCCCCGCCCGCCGAGCCCGCCGGAGCCCCCGGGCCGCCCCGGAGCCGCGCGCCCCCGGGGGCCCGGACCCCCGCGCGCCCGCCGCCGUGCCCCGCCGCGCCGCCGCCGCAGCCCGGGCAGCAUGGUCCAGCUGGGGAGGCUGCUCCGCGCCCUGACUUUGAUGAAGUUCCCCUGCUGCGUGCUCGAGGUGCUCCUGUGCGCGCUGGCGGCGGCGGCGCGCGGCCAGGAGAUGUACGCCCCGCACUCGAUCCGGAUCGAGGGGGACGUCACCCUCGGGGGGCUCUUCCCGGUGCACGCCAAGGGGCCCAGCGGCGUGCCCUGCGGCGACAUCAAGAGGGAGAACGGGAUCCACAGGCUGGAGGCGAUGCUCUACGCCCUGGACCAGAUCAACAGCGAUCCCAACCUGCUGCCCAACGUGACGCUGGGCGCGCGGAUCCUGGACACUUGUUCCAGGGACACUUACGCGCUCGAGCAGUCGCUCACUUUCGUGCAGGCGCUCAUCCAGAAGGACACCUCCGACGUGCGCUGCACCAACGGCGAGCCGCCCGUGUUCGUCAAGCCCGAGAAAGUAGUUGGAGUGAUUGGGGCUUCGGGGAGUUCGGUCUCCAUCAUGGUGGCCAACAUCUUGAGGCUUUUCCAGAUCCCCCAGAUUAGUUAUGCAUCCACGGCCCCCGAGCUGAGUGACGACCGGCGCUACGACUUCUUCUCUCGCGUGGUUCCUCCCGACUCCUUCCAAGCCCAGGCCAUGGUAGACAUUGUGAAGGCCCUGGGCUGGAAUUACGUGUCUACGCUCGCGUCCGAAGGAAGUUACGGAGAGAAAGGUGUGGAAUCCUUCACUCAGAUUUCCAAAGAGGCAGGUGGGCUCUGCAUUGCCCAGUCCGUGAGAAUCCCCCAAGAACGCAAAGACAGAACCAUCGACUUUGACAGGAUUAUCAAGCAGCUCCUGGACACGCCCAACUCCAGGGCCGUCGUGAUUUUUGCCAAUGAUGAGGAUAUAAAGCAGAUCCUUGCAGCAGCCAAGAGGGCCGACCAAGUGGGUCAUUUUCUUUGGGUGGGGUCAGACAGCUGGGGAUCCAAAGUCAACCCCCUGCACCAGCACGAAGACAUCGCGGAGGGCGCCAUCACCAUUCAGCCCAAGCGAGCCACUGUGGAAGGGUUUGAUGCCUAUUUUACGUCCCGUACGCUGGAAAACAACAGGAGGAACGUGUGGUUUGCUGAAUACUGGGAGGAGAAUUUCAACUGCAAGUUGACGAUUAGUGGGUCAAAGAAGGAAGACACAGAUCGCAAAUGCACAGGACAGGAGAGAAUUGGGAAAGAUUCCAACUAUGAGCAGGAGGGUAAAGUUCAGUUCGUGAUCGAUGCGGUCUACGCAAUGGCUCACGCCCUUCACCACAUGAACAAGGACCUCUGUGCUGACUACCGAGGCGUCUGUCCAGAGAUGGAGCAGGCCGGGGGCAAGAAGUUGCUGAAGUACAUCCGCAAUGUCAACUUCAACGGCAGCGCGGGCACCCCGGUGAUGUUCAACAAGAACGGGGACGCCCCCGGGCGUUACGACAUCUUUCAGUACCAGACCACGAACACCAGCAACCCCGGCUACCGGCUGAUCGGACAGUGGACGGACGAGCUUCAGCUUAACAUAGAGGACAUGCAGUGGGGGCGAGGCGUGCGGGAGAUCCCCUCCUCCGUGUGCACGCUGCCCUGCAAGCCCGGGCAAAGGAAGAAGACGCAGAAGGGCACCCCGUGCUGCUGGACCUGCGAGCCUUGCGACGGCUACCAGUUCCAGCUGGACGAGCUGACCUGCCAGCACUGCCCGUACGACCAGCGGCCCAACGAGAACCGCACCGGCUGCCAGGACAUCCCCAUCAUCAAGCUGGAGUGGCACUCCCCCUGGGCCGUCAUCCCCGUCUUCCUGGCCAUGCUGGGCAUCGUCGCCACCAUCUUCGUCAUGGCCACGUUCAUCCGCUACAACGACACGCCCAUCGUGCGGGCCUCGGGGCGGGAGCUGAGCUACGUGCUCUUGACCGGCAUCUUCCUGUGCUACAUCAUCACGUUCCUGAUGAUCGCCAAGCCCGACGUGGCCGUGUGUUCCUUCCGGAGGGUGUUCUUGGGCUUGGGCAUGUGCAUCAGUUACGCGGCGCUCUUGACCAAGACCAAUCGGAUCUACCGCAUAUUCGAGCAGGGCAAGAAGUCAGUGACCGCCCCGAGACUCAUCAGCCCCACCUCACAGUUGGCCAUCACGUCCAGCUUGAUAUCGGUGCAGCUCCUGGGUGUUUUCAUUUGGUUUGGCGUGGAUCCCCCCAACAUCAUCGUGGACUACGAUGAGCAUAAGACCAUGAACCCUGAGCUGGCCAGGGGCGUCCUCAAAUGUGACAUUACAGAUCUGCAGAUCAUCUGCUCCUUGGGAUACAGCAUCCUGCUCAUGGUCACGUGUACUGUGUACGCCAUCAAGACUCGGGGUGUCCCGGAGAACUUUAACGAGGCCAAACCCAUUGGAUUCACUAUGUACACGACGUGUAUAGUGUGGCUUGCCUUCAUUCCAAUUUUUUUUGGCACCGCCCAGUCUGCGGAAAAGCUCUACAUACAAACUACCACGCUCACAAUCUCCAUGAACCUAAGUGCGUCCGUGGCGCUGGGGAUGCUUUACAUGCCGAAAGUGUACAUCAUCAUUUUCCACCCUGAACUCAAUGUCCAGAAACGGAAGCGAAGCUUCAAGGCCGUCGUCACAGCAGCCACCAUGUCAUCGCGGCUGUCACACAAACCCAGUGACAGGCCCAACGGUGAGGCAAAGACAGAGCUCUGUGAAAAUGUAGACCCAAACAGCCCUGCUGCAAAAAAGAAGUAUGUCAGUUAUAAUAACCUGGUGAUCUAGCCUGGCCCAGGCCACAGCACCACGGAGGAGGAAGACCCUCAGUUAUUUCGUCACCCAACCUGGCAUAGGACUCUUGGUCCUGCCCGCCACCCAUCACCGGUGGAGCUUCCCUGGCCGGGAGACUAACGUUAGAGGAUCCAAGUGUCCUACAUGGCUGCUUUAUGAAAUAUUCUUCCUUUAUCUUGGCUUAAUAAGUCACUGGCAUCAGCACUGCCAACUCGGCUGCAAUUUCGGACCUUCCCUGCCAAAGGGAGAGUAGAGACUCCAGUCCCACUGGCUCUCUGGGUGACCAGCGGGCGCCGGGCCACCGCGGUGGGGCCGAGCGCUGUCCGGACCUCUAGAGACUUUCUGUACAGUUUGUGAGGACUCUUGCACUUUGCCAUCCUUGGUUGUACCUUGGUUCGCUGUUUGUUUUCGAAUGCCUGGUUUUCAGAGCCCUGUUCACUCGGACGGUGGAACACUGGGGAGAAUUUCAGAGCAGUUCAAUUUUUCGAAAGAUCUCGGCCGACUCAAAACAGAACCGCCUGUGACAGGACUCUGUAAUGCCAAUAGGAGCGCUGCAAAUCAUGUUAUAUUUUUUAAGACAAAAUGAUAUUUAAAGACCAAAAACUGUGCUGAGGAAGAAUGUCCACCUAUCCUUGGUAGACGUAGGCCCUAGGAGGAGGUAACGGCUAGACUGAAUAGAGGUCUUGAUCUUCAGAAUGCAUGCCAGUUACGUAUUUUACAGUACAUGUUACCAAUUUCCGUUCAAUAUUUGUAUUUGUGUUCUCUUUUGUUAUUUUCAUUAGGGUAUAUGGAUAUUUUGCAAUAAUUUUAAUAAUGAUGACGCUAUUUGGAGACCAGAAUAUGGAUUUUUCAUGUCUUGAGGUUUUGUUCAUGCUCCCCCAUGACUGACCAGUGUGAUAAGGACUUUAAAAAAAAAAAAGCAUGUAUGUUUUCUACUGUUUGUAAUAAGUACUUUCGUUAAUCUUGUUGCUUAUGUGCCAAUUUAGUGGGAAGAGAAAAACCCUUGCUGAAAAACUACCCCUCCCUUCCAUUCUCUCUCAAUUCUGUGAUAUUGUCCAAGAAUGUAUCAAUAAAAUACUUUGGUUAACUUUUUUAUUUCCUGCAAUAAAUAUUUUAGUUGUUU